AUGCGGGAGCAUCGAGCCACGCGCCUGCGUGAAUUUCACCAUCUGCGCUACCUUCCGCGGCCCAUCCCGGACCAGGUUCGGGAGGAGGACCGAAAGAUCACCGCCAGAGAUGGCCAUGAACUUACCAUCCGCAUAUACACUCCUGUGAAGGCCCCAGCCGAUGGAAGCCCACUCAUCGUUAUGUACCAUGAAGGCGGAUGGUCCUCGGGCGAUCUCUCAGACGAGGAGGUGAACUGUCGCCUAUUCAGCCGUGACUUAGGGGCAGUCUGCGUCAAUAUCGAAUAUCGACUUGCACCUGAGUUCGCCUUCCCCACCGGCAUCAACGAUUGCUGGGACGCGCUGCAAUGGGUUGCCGAAAACUACUCAAACCUGGGCGCAGACCCUUCCCGCGGCUUCAUCAUCGGCGGUGGUUCCGCUGGUGGCAACAUUGCCGCCGUUCUUGCUCACCUCGCCCGCGACAAUCAGCUACUCCCACCACUUACCGGGCAGUACCUUUGCGUGCCGGCCAUCAUGUGUCUCCUGCCUCCCGAAGCCAUUCCUGAAGAAUACCGUGCCGAAUACCUUAGUCAUCCUUCAGUGACACCCUCUAAAGAUCCGGUCUCAGGUCCUAACGCCAAGGACGGAGGCGCUGGUCUACAGACUAUCUUAAAGCCGGAUAUGGAGAGCCCACUUUUUGUUCCCUUCCACUAUGGGAGGAUCGGGCAAGGCCACAAGGGCUUGCCGCCUGCCUAUUUUCAGGUGGCAGGACUAGACCUCAUACGGGAUGAGGGUCUCAUCUACGAGCGCGUGUUGAGGGAAGAAGCGGGCGUCAAGACCAAGCUGGACAUUUAUCCUGGCCUACCACACUACUUCUGGACAAACUUCCCACGCCUCGAGAAGAGCAAGCAGUUUGUGGAAGACACGGUUAAAGGUGUUCAGUGGCUACUAGAGCAGAAGUAG